UUCCCCCCUCCCUUCUCUUCUUCACACCCGUGACGGCGACGAGCGAGCGAGAGAGCGGCGACAGCGAGCGCCUGCCGCAGUGGAGGAAGACAACGGCGCCGGCGAGUGUCUUUCGCCGGAGUCGCGUGCGGAUUUUUCUAGCGCGCAGCUCCGGCGAGCGGUGCUCGUCGGUGACCUCUGCGACGCGGCCGAGCGCGUGCAGGCGUCCCCGCAACGACGACUGAGGCGCGUCACCAGAUCCGUUACGGUGGUGGGUCCCCAACGCCUACAAGCAAGCGAAGGGCCACGGGAACAGCCCGUGCAGCGGGCGGCGUUGCUCCGGCGCCGCCGUGGCCAGCGACGACGGCGAGGUCCGUAAGUCAGAUCUGACUCAAAGUAGAUGCGAUGUCGAAGCGGGACAGACACAGGGGAGGUGGAGGAGCUCCACUUACCCCGGAGGAGCAGGAGGACCAGGACAUCGAGGAUGCGGUGCAGAAGCGCCUGAAGACUGAAUUCAGCAAGCUCAAGGGGGCGGAGAAUAGGUGCAAGCGCGCUUUCACAGAGGCGGGUAUGAGAGGUACCCUUGUCGCAGAGGAGCAGAAAACUAUUGUUAGUCAAAGUCUUCCAAAGUUUGAGCUUAAAGUUGAUUGUUCUGCGCAAGAAUUUACGGCGUACAUUGAGAAAAGGAGAACACACAUUAGAAAGGUUGCCUCAUACAAUUUUGGGGAAAGAAUUGUUUCAACACCACCUGAUCAUAUUGUUACAUUCAGUAUGACCGAAAUGAUGGAAACACCAGACCCAAAUUCUCCAGCAGUAUCAGUGUUGCAAUUGCUUUGCUGUGAUUGGAGUGGGUAUUUCACCCUCUUUAGAGAAACCCCCGACUACUCACAGGAUCCUAAGAAGAGGUAUGAGAAAGGUGGUUUCCUGACAUUUGCUGGAAUGACAAAGAAGAUGCAGUUCCCAGAUAUUUUUGGACCCAUCACCGAGUUGCAGCAAUAUAAAGAAUCAUACACAGAUGUGACAAAGGUUGAAAUAUUCAAGGGCUUUCUUAAGAGAAUGACCUACGAAGUCAGAAAGCUCAAUGUUCUCAAUUGCCGAAGCUAUUAAAGUUACCUUGUUCCUUUGCUGAACCUGUUGAUGUUCAUCCUUGGGGAGUGCCCGCGCUUCCCUGAAAGUGAGGACUUUGUGGUUGAGAACUGUGAGUUGCCUCGUUCUCAUCUGAAAAUGGUGACCCCAAGGCUGAGUGAAUUGAUCCGUGAAUGGUCGAAAUUAUCAAAACUGGCGUUCAUGUUUUUUAUUGCUAUUAUCGAGUUCGACAUGGAGUUUAGGGAGAGUCGUGUUAGUUUUGACGAAGCUAGAAAGGAGAUGCACAGUCAAAUUGAUAUGAGGGGGGGUGAUCUAGUGCUGAAUUUUUGCGGAUCAGAUGGAAACUUCAACUUGAGAACCUUGUUGGGAGGUUAUCUUCGUCUGCUAAAAUGUGAAAAGGAGGACAUUAUUAGGAUCAUCAUGCGGACUAAGCAUCAAGUCACUAACAUUAUCCAUGAGCACAAACCAAAACUUGAAGAGCAAGACCUGACAAAGAUGACAGCAGCCAAGAGGAGUAUAGCAGAGCGCAGGAAAGCUGAAAACAAUGCUGAGUAUGCUCGCUGGGAGAGAAUCAGGGAUGAGGAUGGGCAGAAGGUUCUAGAUGUCCUAUUGAAUGAUUUGCCCAUCGUGUAGUUGCUGUAAAAUGCUUUAUAUGUUACCUAGCAAUUGCCAUGAAUGUUGUUGCCUGUCACUGAAGCUGGAGAGGAUGAGGAAGAGGCUGGGUCUGAGAAGUGUGAUGACCAGUGAUGUGAAGAUGACAGAAGUUGUUUUCUGGAGGUCAAAAUGUCCAGUUGAUGUUGUCUUGUGGCAAUGUGUUUUGGCCCUAGUCUUGAUUGAUGGGCGCUGAAGUUGUAUAUGAAUGGCAGUUGCUGCCUGUGUAGUUGUUGUCUUGUCGUUUUGGUAUUAUUAUUUGGAACUCGGUUACUUGCUAAUUGUGUAGUUGCCUUUCCGUUUUGAUAUGGUUUGGAACUCGGUUACUGGCUUACUGCUUUUUGUUUUGGACCUUGUUCUGUUAACGAGUACUAUAAUGGAACCGGGCUCCCAGUUUGGAGCCGUAUAUGGAGAAACAAAAUACUACUGUAUUAUGUUUGUCUUUCCUUCCGUCA